CCGAUUAACACGCAAACUGAAUUUAUAGUUUGUAUCUUUUAUUUGAAUAAAGAAGUUAUGUGUGGUACAUUCGUGUCCCCACAGUAUCAGUAUCAUUGCUUCAUAUUCAAUGAGUUGGCGUCAAAGCAAGAAUUCAAAAUUAAACAUUUCUGCCAAAAACUAAGCCACCUAAUAAACAAGCGAAACAAUCUAAACCCAAGCAGAGAUUUUGUGAAUCAUAAAUUUUGCAAUUAAUCUUGGAAUAAAAUAUCAAACUGUUCGAUACAAACCAAAAAUAGAACAAAGCAUUUUUUGCUAUUUCAAUGGCAAAGGUAUGGUUAAUUUGCCAAAUUCUUUGAGUGGUUGUGCUUAGUCGCCGUGUGGCAAUGAUUUACUAACUACCCUAAUGCGGUCUCACAAGUAUUCGACAAGCUCACCGGAAUUCCCACCAAACUAUCAAGUCAAUAAUAGCGCCAACAAAUAAUAGCGCCAUCAAAUAAUAGCACCAACUUUUAUUCGCCAGCCAGUCCUGCAAUUUUGUAUAGCAGCGUUACCGGUUCUUCGCGUUACUCACCAACCUCGCCUAGUUACUCGCCACAAACUAAUUAUUCACCUACUUCACCCUCCGAUUCGUUAUGGAUUCAAAUAAGGCCGGCAGUAGCUUUUCACCGAAUUUGCUAGCAAGCAACAAUGGCUCGCUUUAUUCACCAGUGGACACCCCCGAUUCUUUAGUUGAAGACGUAUUAACAGCAUCUACUAGUGGUUCCAAAUGUGAAAAUGGAAAUAAUGCUAGCCCUGAAAAUAAUGCUAGCCCUGAAAAUAAUGCUAGCCCUGAAAAUAAUGCUAGCCCUGAAAAUAAUGCUAGCCCUGAAAAUAAUGCUAGCCCUGAAAAUAAUGCUAGCCCUGAAAAUAAUGCUAGCCCUGAAAAUAAUGCUAGCCCUGAAAAUAAUGCUAGCCCUUCAAGCAAUGCAACAUGCACACGCUUAGUAUACGGGCGAUGUUUAUGCGACGACGACGACGACGACAACAACUCACCCAGAAGUCCCAACUACGCUCACUACUCACCUAGAAGUCCCAACUACACUCACUACUCACCCAGAAGUCCAAACUACACUCACUACUCGCCAUCCAGUCCAAACUUUGUUGCACAAACUGCGCGUUAUUCACCUUCGACACUUAACUCUAGUCCGAAUCACUCAAGAGUUGUUUGGGUCCGAACAUAUUCUGGAUAUUCGCCACAAUAUAUUCCCGCAUCCCCAGCAUAUUCACAUUCGAAUCGUUACUCACCCUCCAGUCCCAAUUAUUCAGCCAACUCUCCCUCGGAGGUGGCUCCUUCAUCACUUAGUCGUCCUAAUAAUGAUUCAUUCCGGCCUACGAGUCCUAUAUAUUCGCCUCAGAGCACCGACAGUCCCGCUAGUCCACGGUAAUCCCCCACCUCAAAUUAAAGUGAUGGAGUACAAAAUUUUAUUCUGUUUAACAAGAAGAGCAGGAUAUGCGAAGCAUUUACUCGUGCCAUAUGUUUAAUAUUAUUUAGUUCAAUAUAAUUUUGGUUUAUUUUAAAUCUCAGACUAACUAUGUAUGUAUGUUGAAUUUCUAUCAUUUUUUUCCUAUUUUUUCUUUUUCAUAUGUUGAAAUUAACAAUUUUUUUGAAUUUUUCUGACCGUUAAUGUUCAUAUUUCA